GGUGUUGAUUUAAGUGCUUUGCCUGAAAGUGAGGAUGCUAUAAAUACAUUGCUGUAUCAGUUGAUUAUUUCAGCAAAUAUAUUGUAGCCAUGCCUUUAAAAGAUAAAACAGCAAAAUCGGUAUCGCGCUUCCUUUACUCGUUACCAUGCACACAUGGUAGGGCCAAAGUAUAAUAAAUUUGAUUGACGAGGAAGAGGAUAUUGAUCCUGACAAUGUACCUGAAGCAGAUAUCUUGUUUUCAAGAUACAGUUUCCAGGAUGAAUGAUAUUCAUGAGAUAGCUGCUGGCAAUAUAGAUCUUGCUCAGCUUAAACAGCAGAGGGAUUAUAGAAGUCGUAAUGCUGGUAGAAAUAACCAUUAUUUAGUCAAUGAUCAAGUGCUUAUUUGGAACUACCGUCGGGCUGAUAGGAAAGGUGGCAAAAUGACCAGACCUUGGAUGGGUUCUUAUACAAUAGUUAGGAUUCUUAAAAGUAACAACUUAAUAUCAACUCCAAAAAAAAUUAUGACGGAUUUUGAAAUGGCCAGUGUAAAAGCUUUCAAUGAAGUGUUUCCCAAUUCGCAACACAAAUGUUGCUAUUUCCAUUUUGGCCAAUCCUUUUGGCGAAACAUUCAAAAAUAUCCAGAAAUAUCGCAUAAAUAUAAAACAGAUGUAGAAUUUAAUAUACAACUUAGAAUGAUGGUUUGUUUGGCGUUUGUGCCACCCUUAAAUGUAGUUGAAACAUUUGAAUUACUAAUAAACUCCGAAUUUUAUUCUAAUAAUCAAUUGUUACUUCAGCCUCUAAUUGAAACUUUUGAAAAAGCUUAUAUUGGUAAAACGUUUGGAAGAGGCAGAUUACCUGCUUUGUUUAAUAUUGAACUCUGGAAUUGUUACCAAUCAACACUGAACGGGGAAGCGAAAACCAACAACGCGGUUGAAGGGUGGCAUAGAUGCUUCAGUUCCCUCCUAACAAGUUACCAUCCAAACAUGUGGAAAUUUAUAUCAAGCUUAAAAAAACAACAAGGGUUGACAGAGUUAAAAAUUGCUCAAUAUAAUUCUGGUGAAACACCCUCUACCCCGAGAAAAAAAUAUCGAAAUCUACAUGCGAGAAUAGUAACAAUUGUUUCUGACUUCGAAAAUCGAUCAAGAUUAGAUUAUCUUAAAGGAAUCGCUAUUAAUAUAACAUUGAAUGUUUAA